CUUCAUACUUUCACGUUAGUCAAAUAAAUAAUUCAAAAUCACCAGAAAAAGACAAUUUAUUCAGUAAAAAUGGAAAAAGCAACAUUGAUAUUCAUCGGCUUUAUACUUUUCUCAACAUGCACUCAAAUUCUAGCACAGUCUUGCAAAAAGGACACUGAUUGUAUUCAUCUGAAAUGUGUAACAAAGAUCAAAUGUGUGGAAAACAAAUGUAAAUGCAUUAAUGAAAAAUAUGCGUUUAAACCAUUUGAUACGUCCUGUGGUGUUGCUGCUUGCAUUGACUUGUGCAAGGCCAAAGGCGAACAAGCUUAUGCGUGUAUCUUAAACCAUUGUUACUGUCGCAAACCUCCUAUGUAAUAAUUAAGUAACUACAAGCUUAAAUCAUUGUAUUUGCUUGCAUCAUCUUCAAAUGUUGUAAUUUCACAAUUUUUCCAUGUAAUACUUUUAUUAUUUUACUCUUUUCUAUCAAGAGCCAAAAAUAAAAUAUUAGAUAUUAAAUUUUUAAUUUUACAGAUUUUAUAAAACUAUUUAG